AUGGCAACCUUCGAGGACAUGGUCGCCGUGGUGAUCGACAACGGCACGGGCAUGUGCAAGGCUGGCUACGCCGGCGAGGACGCCCCCCAGUGCGUCUUCCCCUCGGUGGUGGGCCGCCCCCGCCACAGGGGCAUCAUGGUGGGCAUGGGCCAGAAGGACAGCUACGUGGGCGACGAGGCGCAGAGCAAGCGCGGCAUCCUCACCCUCAAGUACCCGAUCGACCACGGCGUGGUCACCAACUGGGACGACAUGGAGAAGAUCUGGCACCACACCUUCUACAGUGAACUGCGCGAGGCCCCCGAGGAGCACCCCAUCAUGCUCACCGAGGCGCCCCUCAACCCGAAGGCCAACCGCGAGAAGAUGACGCAGAUCAUGUUCGAGUCCUUCGGCGCCCCGGCGAUGUACGUGGCCAUUCAGGCGGUGCUGUCGCUGUACGCUUCGGGCCGAACCACGGGCAUCGUCCUCGACUCUGGCGACGGCGUCUCGCACACGGUGCCCAUCUACGAGGGAUACGCCUUGCCGCACGCCAUCCUCCGCCUGGACCUGGCCGGCCGCGACCUGACCGAGUACCUGAUGAAGAUACUGACCGAGCGCGGCUACUCCAUGACCACCACCGCCGAGCGGGAGAUUGUGCGCGACAUCAAGGAGAAGCUGUGCUACGUCGCCGAGGACUUUGAGCGCGAGCUGGCCUUUGCGGAGAGCUGCGGCAACGUCGAGAAGACCUACAACAUGCCCGACGGCCAGGUGAUCACCAUCGGCGACGAGCGCUUCCGCUGUCCGGAGGCGCUUUUCCAGCCCUCGCUGCUGGGCAUGGAGGCGGUGGGCGUCCACGAGACGACCUUCAACUCGAUCAUGAAGUGCGACGUCGACCUGCGCAAGUCGCUCUACGCGAACGUCGUCCUCUCCGGCGGCAGCACCAUGUACGGCGGCAUGCAGGAGCGCAUGUACCGGGAGAUCACCGCCCUCGCCCCGGCCUCCAUGAAGACCAAGGUGAUCGCCCCGCCGGAGCGCAAGUACUCGGUGUGGAUCGGCGGCUCCAUCCUCUCCUCGCUGUCCACCUUCCAGGAGCAGUGGGUCACCAAGAGCGAGUACAACGAGGUGGGCGCCGGCAUCGUCCACCGCAAGUGCUUCUAA